GUCCACGUGAACUCGCGUCCUUGGAUCUUGGCAGUGAUGCUGCGCAUCUUCUAGCGUUUGCGACGUCACAUCAACAGCGUAGAGCCACAAUUUUACUCUCUAUACACAUCGUGUAGCGCUCACUUCUAUAAGACGGCUGAAGCGUAUUCGUCUACAACGCGCCACGAUGACCGAGGUUAUGAACUCCGCCCCAACGCCAGCACCCGAACCGAAACCCGUAGAAAGCCAGCAACCACAAUACACGUUCAAAUUCAGCGAGUUUCUGCGACGCGAAUAUCGCUUUGGCCUUAGUCCUGACCGCCCGGUAUGCAAGGCAUACCUCCAGGGUCACUGCCCGGAUGGCAAUAGGUGCCCAAACAAACACAAUGUCUCUUCAUCCUACAACAAUCUAGUAUGCAAGCAUUGGUUGCGUGGCCUAUGCAAGAAAGGCGAAACAUGCGAGUUCCUUCACGAGUACAACCUACGACGAAUGCCCGAGUGCUCCUACUACGCCCGGACACAAACGUGCUCCAAUGGAGACGACUGUCUCUACCUACAUAUCGACCCCGAGGCGAAGCGCCCCUCAUGCCCACACUACGAUAGAGGCUUCUGUCCGCUUGGGCCAUACUGCGCGCUCAAACACAACAAGAAGGAGAAGCUUUGUCCCUUCUACCUCUGCGGCUUCUGUCCCGAGGGUAAGAACUGCAAGUACGGUGCACACCCAAGGUUUCCUGCCGAUCUCAAGAAGCCUGAGGUCCGUGUGGAAAAGAGCCCUGAGGAGCUUGAGGCCGAGCGAAUAGAGCGCGAACGCGAGAUGAUGAGAAGAGAGGAGGAGGACCGUGAGCGUGACGAGAGGAACGGUCAUCAAGGUGGCCGCGGUUUCAGGGGCAACUGGGACCGCAAGAAGCGUGGAAGAGGAAGGGGUAGAGGUGGCAGGGGACGAGGAGACUAUUGAACGGCUAAUCCUCUGCUCGUUGAAACUCCAGAAUAAUACCAGAACGCACUCGUUCUGUGCGGCGACUGAACAUUGCACCGAGCUUGUGCUGGGUUCAAGCCAAAGAGUGAGAGAAACAGAAAGGAUAAUGAUACCCCCCAGGCUCAGUCCUGGUAUUAAGCGCUGAGUAGUCGGGGCUUCGACGUGAAUGGUCCCCAGUGACAUCGGUCUGACACCCGAGUUGAAAUUCAAGAGGCAGAUGUACACAGAUGAUUUUAGGAUGAUGGUCACAACGAGAAAGCACAGUAGGGUCAGGGCGUGAGCCGACAUAACGGGUACGGUAUAAAGUAUUACUACUAUAUUAUUCUUCAUGACGACUGCUCGCGACAGGCUUGACAACCAUUUUUGAUCGACGUUAACCUCCUGUCAACGAACUUGAUGAAUGUGAUGGCGUUUCAUCGCUACAUUAC